AUGGCGCUACCAGGUGUCAGUCCGGAUGAGCGUCAAUGGCGGCUUCAACGGCUGGCUGCCGAAUGGAUGAUCGAGGGCGGCGGGCCACAGCCCACAGCUCUUACGCGGCCUGUCCACUCUCCGCUGUCGCCCACCUUCCGCACUCCCAAUGAUGACUUUCUUGCAGAGGAAUUGCUAAAGCGCAGGCGGAUCAAUAAUUCACAAGCUCAGAAUGGCCAUGGUGGCAUGAAACGGGCCUUCACGAUGGGCAAGAAGAAAGGCUGGGAACUCAAGGAGAUAUUCGAAGCGCUCGACGCUCAUGUCGAGAAUGGAGGCUCACCCGGCGUGGCGGAGGCGCUCAUCCAGAAACUGCUCUCGGCUGGCGGUGACAUGAAUGUUGCCGGCAUGAAGAGCAAGACGAACCUGCUUGGAAGGCGGAAGAGUUUAGAGUCCUUUGAGAGGAGUAGGAUAUUACAGAAGGCCAUCGACCACGGCUCAUUGGAUAUGGUCACGGUUCUUGCACCUCAUGCAGAUCCCCUUGCUUUGGAUAUGGCGCUGCCGACUGCGUUGCGGAAUGGAAAUGUACAAAUUUGCGAACUUCUGCUGCGAUAUGGCGCCAAUGCCUCGCAAACGACAGAUGGCCAAGAUGUAUUUCGGCAAUUAUGUCAGGAAGGAGGCCAGGCCGAGUUAGUGGGCUUAAUACUCCAGUCAGAUGGCCGUCCUUCGCCGGGAUGGAUAUCGCAAGCCAUGAUUGAUGCUACGAAGAAAGGCUGUCUUGAGACGGUGUCCAAGCUAAGUCGCUCAACAGCGGAUGGCAACCACAACGACGCAGAAGCACUGAAGGAGAGCGUGUCACAAUGUCGUGUCGAUAUCGCAUUGGCGAUUCUCACAGGGAACAAGCCUCCGAAUGUCCAGAGGCUCAACGAGGCAUUCUCAAAAGUGUUCACGCACCCGACGAUUAUGCCCAACGAGAAGAUCGCUUUCACAGACGCACUGCUGUGCGCUGGCGCAGACGGAGACGUUGUGUCUGCGGCUUUGGUACAGGCAUGUGCGACGGGCUUCUAUGAGAUGAUUAACCUCUUGAUUUCCUACGGUGCAUCGGUCGAAUUCCAAGAUGCUCAGGUGUUACGCGGGGCGAUACAAAAAGGCAACGUCAGUCUGGUCCAAGUACUUCUAUCGGAGCAGUCACAGUUAAGUCCACUCUACGCAUCUGAGCUUGUAGGGUGCAUCCCCAAGCGCUCCACUCCAGAAGAGAGGAAGGCUUUCUUAGACUUGCUAUUGCGAAAAGGGGCGAGCGGAGAACCACUGAACGAUGCACUGAUCGAAUCAGUCGAGAACGCGGACUUUGAAUCGGUAAAGCUUCUACUGACACCGCACUUUCCUGGUAGACAAAUGGUUAAGAGCCACGAUCUGAGGAAAGGACCGCGGAGUAUGAUUUUCGACCGCCAUGCGAUAGCCGACGUCAAUCACAGAGGUGGCUUAGCACUACAGCUCGCGGCUUUGACGGGGAAUCUCCCUAUGGCCAAUUUUCUUCUCGCCUGUAAGCCAUCGCCUGAGACGUUGGCCGAAGUGUACCCCAGUAUUAGCGGCCUUGCGCCUCUUGACCGUUUUCACAUGACGCAGUCUUUCCUUGCGGCCGGACUCACCGGCCCGGCUGUUCACAAUGCUCUGCAGAACGCUAUUGAGGAGCAGCCACCACAGAGAGAUGAUCGCCUCAUCAAGCUCCUCCUCCAGAAUGAUGUCGCUGGGAAUUUUAGCGAUGGAAUUACUCUGUCCUCCGCCAUUGAGCACGAGGAUGUUGAUCUUCUAGGCUCCGUUCUCUAUCACAGCAAGGCUACACCCCAGGUAUCAGCGGGCGCGAUACCCAAAGUCAUGAUGAUCAAGAACCUCAACACCAGAGCACAGAUGAUCAGCUUGCUAUUAGAAGCUGGCGCUGGAUUGGAAGUCAAAGCUGCCGGCGAAGCUACAGUAGCCGUGCUGCAGACUGCCACAACCGACACGAGACUGUUAGAAAUCUUCUUGAAGCAGGGGAAGGUGGAUGUCAACUUUGCUAACGGCAGUCUUGUUGUUCUUGCCGUGCGCAACAACGACCCUAGAGUACUAGAGACUGUGCUGCGGAUAGGGAAACCCACGCCGGAGACGCUCGACUUGGGAGUUCAAGCUAUGGGUGGUCUACCCUCCAACGCGGCGAAGGCUGCUAAAGUUGAGACCAUCAUACGACAUAGCAAGCACAAGGAGACUCUAAACGGCUUACUUACGAGCGAGGUUCAAUCACUUCUCAAAACACCGCCUCAGCAACGGAUUCUCGCUACAUUAAAGUCGCUGCUAGCUGCUGGUGUUGAUGUAAAUGCGCAGAAGGCAGCCGGGUUCUGUUAUGCUGUUGGAGCGGCUGAUACUCAGCUCACCGACCUCCUGUUUGCGUCAAAGCCCAAAGCGCAAGCACUUAAGGCGGCCAUGCCAUUUGCACUAAAGAUCCAAGAUCCCAUGGACCGCUUGACAUUCACGCAGAGACUACUGCAAGCUGGAGCGCCUGCAACAGAAGCGAAUCAAGCCCUGGUGUAUGCCGUGAAAGCGCACCCUGAUGACCUGCCGCUUAUAAACACACUGGUUUCAAAGGCAGAUUGCAGCGAUGGAGAAGCGUUGAUAACAUCUGUCCGAACGGGAAAGCCGGAUGUCGUCGAGCUUAUUAUUUCGAAGUCCAAAAAGAAGUUUACGGCACCUCUGAUCAAUGGCGCUUUUGCGGAAGCUACGAGAGUAUCGGACAGCAAUGCUAGAAAAGCACUCUGCGACAUAUUGCUGAGGUUUGGAGCAUCUGGCCCAGCUGUCUCUGAAGGACUUCUUGCUAUCGCUGCUAGUGGCGACGUGGACCUUGGGAGGAUACUCAUCCAACAUGGUGCAAGCCUGGACUAUCAAGAGGGACAAGCGAUUGUCGAAGCUUGCCGGGCUGGCGUGAGUGAGGUGCUCAAGAUGCUUCUAUCCGGCAAGACAGCGGUGCAGAAGCCGACGCUUUCUCGAGGAUUUCAGGCGGCCACCGAGGUCGGCGAUCUAAGGGAGCGAGCUGCCAUCUUCCGCCUGCUGCUUGACCAUGGCGUUGAUGGUGAAGAAGUAGAUGCACAGCUAGUCUCCGCCGCUAGGUUCGGCGACGACGCUGAGGAUCUAGUACAACUCUUCCUCGAACACGGUGCCAGCACUGAUUUCAACAAUGGCGAAGCCGUCUGGAACGCGACGAGAUGCGCGUCGAUGGGCAUUCUCGAAAUGCUGCUGGGCAUCAAGACGGUUGGCCCACGCCAGCAGAAGCCAUCUCACAAGACUAUGUCCCGGGCGCUCAAGGCAAGCUGGAAGCUGAGUCCAGAGCCGAGAUAUCAAGUCAUCGAGUGGCUAUUCAAGGCUGGUCUUCCUGUCGGUGAGGAUAUUCACGUCGGCUUGAACAAGGCAGUGAAUGAUGAGGAGCCAAACAUGGCUCUCGUUGAACUUCUAGUGAAGAAUGGAGCUUCGCCCCUAGCAAACGGCUGUCAAACACUAGUAGAUGCCAUUCAGAAGCGCGUUCUUCCAGCUUUGGAUUUAUUCAUGCAAACAGAGAUCCCCCAGAGCGAUAUUCAAUGGGCUUUCUCACAAGCUUUCGCCCCGAAGGAUGCAGAUAUUUGGCUCAAUGAUGACGGAUUCAAAGUCGCGGAACGCCUCCUCGAAAAGGGCGCAAAUGGUGAUAGCUUAGGUGGAGCGCUCAUCGCUGCACUUGAUCGCUGCGGCACCGAGCAAAACGAUAUCGCUCGUCGCUUCGUGGAGCUUUUGACACACCAUCACGCCAGCGUCAAUGAGCUUCAGGGCCUCGCAGUCUGCAAAGCAGCCAAGAGCGCAGAUCCGGAGCUGAUCAGGCUCAUAAUACGUCAGAAUCCCAGCUCGGAGGCUGUUUCUAUGGCGUUCCCUUACCUCUUUGACCAUGAGCUUUCAGAGGAACAGGCGCUAGAGAUGAUCACUCUUUUCACAGACUAUCACCACGAGGGCCAACGCUUGGAUGUCAUGUUCGCCCAUCCGGAAUCAGAGCCCGUGAUCUUUAGGGCUAUUUCACAAUAUCCAAGAUCAUCCGGGAUUCUCCAAGCUCUGCUUGAUGCUGGAUAUUACUACGACCAGAUGGGUACCGGCCGUAUCUUUCAGGAACUGGAAGAGGAGCCUAUGAAUCUCCUCACCUGGAUGCUUCUGCAACCCCAGAAGAAGGUCAGCAGCUCUCUAAUCACCAUGAUCAUCGAGAAAGGGGCCAAGGUCAACUUUGAAACGAAAAGCUCUAAGACAACUCCGAUCAUGCUCGCCAUCAAGGAGCGACGGCAAGACAUAGUCAGAACACUCAUUCUGGCCGGUGCUGAGGUAGAUGUCGUGGAUGUUACUGGCAACACUCCUCUUACCUUGGCUACAGGCAUUGGAGGCGAGUUGGGAACUACAAUGAUGAGCAACCUCCUCGCUGCUGAACCAUCGAAGAACGAUGGAUCUCUGCAUAAUGCAGCGAGAGACCUGAAUAUUUCUGCUAUGCAAGUUUUAGUUGAAUUCGGUCACGAUGUCGACUUUCCAAGCCCACUGCACGAUGGACGCAGUGCGCUGGGUGAGCUGUGUCUUCACGCCUCCGACUCUGGCGAGCUCACUGCUGCUCGAGAGAAGACAAUGGAGAAAGCGAUGAGCUUCCUCAUCGAGAAGGGCAGCGACCUCAGCGUGCUUUCGGACGGCAAGCCAAUCCUGAUGCUUGCAUUAGAUGCAUUUGACCCCCUCAGCACAACCAAAACUCUUCUGAAGGUCGGCAUGUGGAAGUUGAUCAACAAGCCGUUCAACAAUUUCUCAGACGGCACCUACAUCUACUCGCCAACGAUGUACGUCAAGCGCGUGCUUCCGCAAGCGGACAUCAACGCCAAGCUCCUCACGCUGCUCAGAGCGAAUCGCGCGCAGGACGUCUUUUACGCAAGCCACGGCCCUCAGCCCGAGGACGCCGUCGGGCUCCCAGACGACAUUGUGCGUGCCGAGCGCGAGCGCCAGGCGCGCCUCGACCGCAUCGCCACCGAGAGGGAGGAGCACGCCCGCGCGCUGGCGCGGACCAAGGAGAUCGCAGACAUCCAGAACCAGAUCUUUGCGAACCGCGCGCAGCUCGAGGACGCGCGGGCGCGCAGGCAGCGCGACGACGAGAUGGACGGGAUCCGCGAGAAGGCGCGCGUGGAGGAGGAGAUGUUCGCCGCGGCGGUGAGACGGCAGAAGGCGGAGCGGACGGCGGCGCUGGAGCACGCGCAGACACUCACGGAGGCGGAGCUGUCGCGCACGCGGCUGAUUGCCGAGACGGAGUUUGAAGUCGAGGGCCGCAAGCAGCUGCAGAUGCUCGAGUACGAGCGGCAGGUGGGCAGCGAGCGGGUGGACAACGCGCAGAAGAUUAGUGCGGUGCGGCUGCGCGAGAGGGAGGACAUUGAUAAGCUUGAUAAAGCGAACGAGCAGCGCAUCAAGGGCCGCUUGACGGAGCAGCGCAGGCUGGUUGAUAGCCAGAAUCAGCUGGCUGGGAGGCUGGCAAAUGGAGGGAUCAAUGGCCAGAGACAGAUUGGAUAUGUCGCCGGCGAGCUGACCUGA